AUGUCUCGUUCAGGAGUCUUAUCACCCACACGCCGUGUUCAUUAUCAACCUCAACUUUCUAAUGGAAUACUGUCGCAAACUCAAAAUUAUUCCAUACCUGAAUUAGUAAAUUUAAAUGAAUCUUUCUCUUCAUCGUACGCACACUUCAAUCCGCUGGUAACAAUCAUCUAUUCAAAUGCAUCAUUAUCGAAAGGUAUGCCUCUCAUAAUGGCAGAAGUUAAAAAACGAGAAAAGAUAAGUUUAAGUUCUAUGUCGGCUACAAAAACGGUCGAAACUAAAAAGCCAUGCGUACCAGGAAGUUGCACAUUCUUUCGGUUGAUUCAUGGUGAAAAUCAACAAUUACUUCUGAAUAGUUAUGCAUCCUGCCAUCGUUUAUUGGAUCACAUUAAACCAUUGGUUGGUAUUCCAAAUGAUGACGUAAUUGAUCUCAUGGACAAUGAAGGAAAAUUAAAAGAAUUAAAUGUGCAUGGUGAAGACUAUGCAUCACAAUAUUUGGCUGGCAGAAACACUUAUUUUGUAGUUAAAAUUGAAAAUGAUAUCGUAGCAGGUGAGAAACGUUAUGCUGCAAAUUUUAAUAUCGAUCAAGUCGACUCAAAAUUAUAUUCAAUAUUAUCAAACGCAUUCAUGUCAUUGAAUAAAUCAUCAGCUGUUAAACCAAAACGUAGUACUACAACAACAAAACAGAAUACACCAGUUCAACCAACAUCGACUGCAGCACAAGCAAAACUCAAACGAACAUCAAGUCGAAAAUAA